AAACAAGACAAAAAUUCAUUUCAAGUUUAAUGCUGAGCGUUUGAUCAAAGUCAGAUCUUAAACUUCAAGAGAAACCCAAGAAUUUAAUCAAAUCAUCAAACCAGAUCGACCAUCAUGCCAAAGAAAACGCCACCUAGUUUACCCAUCUCAGCAUUCUCACCCAUCACUCCACCAAACUUAUCAAUCUCAUCAAUUCCAAACAAAAGAAACAAACCAAUCUUCAUCAUAGAUUCUCAUGUUAAACAUCAAGAGAAUGAAGAUCAUCAAGAGUUUAAAAAAGAUUGGUCUGAUUCGAUUUUAACGUUGAGGAAAUCAUUUAUUGAAUUUCAAUCGAAUUCACCUGAAGUGGAAUCUAUCGGACCUUUAUCACAAUCUACUUCGAGUUUGAAUUUAAAGAAAUCUCAAUCGGUUUCACCUUUUCUUGGUUUUAUCUUUGUUCAUGAUCAAACCUCAACUUUGGAUCAAGAUAAGAAAUUGAAAGCAUUCGAUUUAGGUUCGAUUGAAAUCAGUCCGGCAUUAGGAGAAAUCAUAUGGGCACCAUUAAACGAAGGAUCAGAAGUAUUGAUCGAAUAUUUAAACGAGAUCCAAGAUGUGAUGAAAUCAAAUCCAACCCGAAGAUUAUUAGGAUGUUCAUAUUCAAUUCAAUCCACAAAUCAUUCAGAUCGAACUUCAUUAACUAAUCCAAAACUAAUCGAAUCUUUAAAAACGUUAGGUGAAAAAGGUUUAAGUGUUGAAUUUUUAGUUGAAGGUAAUUUAGAUAGAUCAGCUCCAAGUGUUUUAGAAGAAAUCUUAGAAUGUGUUUCAGCUGUUAGGAAUGAUCAAGAGCUUGGUAAAGAAACUAAAUUUUCAAUUUGUGAAAUGGGUAAACCACAUAUGGUCACCUCUCAUUCAGUUGUACCAAGUUCAGCUUCAUAUUCAUCAAUUCUAUCCCACCUCUUCUCACUUUCAUUAUUCUCAAACCUAAGUAUCAAAUUAUCAGGUUUACCACUCUUAAUCGAUCUAGAAUUAGCCAAAGGAGCCUCAACUUAUUAUGAUCGAUGUCGAAGACCUUAUCAUGCAUCAGGUUACACUGCUGCACCUAAACCUUAUACUUCUACUGAAGAAGUCAAUGAAAUUAAAGAUGAUGUUGUUGAUCAUCAUUCUAAUAAUGGUAAAGAAGAAAGUGAUUUGGCUUGGAAAGAAAUUAAGAAACGUAUGAAGUUUUAUCUUGAACCGAUCCUUGAAGCAUUUGGUGAUCAUCGAAUUAUGUAUUCAAGUGAUUUUCCUGGAUUUGGUUCAUUGUUUGAUGAUAAUGAAGAAAAAGAAGAAAAAAUCAAUUCAAGAUUGAAAUCGAAUUAUUAUGAAUGUCAAUUUGAAUUAUUCAGAGAAUGUCUUUCAGAACUUGGUUUAGAAGGUGAAGCCUUAGAUAAUGUAUUCGGACUUAAUGCUCAAAAAUGGUAUGGGUUAUAAACUUGAAGUUUUUUCUUUGGAUUCUUCACUUCUAAUAAUGAAUAAUGUAUUUGAAUACUUUUGAAUGAUUCAAAAUGAACAAUCAUUUCAUUCUUUCAUCAUUAAUUAGGUUUUGUUUUUAUUAGACUUGGAAGCUAAUCUGUGUGUGUGUGUGUUUUGUGGUACUUUUGAAAUUGCUUUGAUAGAAAAAUGUUUGAUGUAAACCAUUUUGUAUAGGUUAAUGAUUCCUAUCCCUUUUUUCUUUUAUUCACAUGUGCAUCUUCUUUCUUUCUUUUUCUUUUGUUUGUUUGAAAUUAUCUUUUAUUUAUUUAUUUGAGGUUGGGUUUUUUAUUUAUCAUCUUGGUUUUUUUUUUGGUUGAAUCUUGGAUGAUGGGUGUUUUUUGGAUUAAUUUUAAUUGUUUUGGUGAACAGAUCAUGAG